CCGCUGCCGCGCGUCCGAGCCGCCGCCGGCGUUCCCCGCUCGCGCUCUCGAUGGCUUUCCUGAAUGGCUGACUGCGGGCUUUUCUCGAUCUGGCCCCCAGACACCAGCCGCCGCCGCCGCCGCCGCCGCUCUGCCUGCAACGCCGCCCGGCUGCAAGAGCGGGAGGGAGGGGGAGACCUUUGAAGGGACGCGCGCCUCUCUCUCUCUCUCCCCCCACCUACACCAUUUUGUAUUUUUACUUUUCCUCCUCCUUUUGCUACCAGACAAUCGCCUCGAACCUGCCGCCUCCCGGCUGCCUCCCUCCUCCUCUCUUCCUCCUCGCUUCCCUGCUUGCACUCUUUCUCUUUCCCCUCUUUUUUAAAAAAGCAAAUAUUCUUCCCCCUCUUCAGCCCUCUUUUCUUUUCUUUUCCUUUUUCUUUCUUCCUUUUUUCGGGGGUGGCCCGCAUUAUUUACAAUUUUGCCAGCCCUGCAAGGACGGGAAAAAUAACAACGAGAAGAAGAAGGAAAGAAAGAACGGAACAUUGAAUUAAAUUAAAAGAGAGGGCCGGGAGCGGGGGGAGAGAGAGAGGGAGACCAGAAAACAUACACCGCCGAGCAACUUCUAAGAAGGAGCGAAAGAAAAAAAGGAAGCGAGUUUGCCAACACGAACUGGGAGAGAAAGCGAGGAAAGAAUAAAAGAGGAGCGAGGGAACAGGAGUAAAAGUGGACGACCUGGUGUAUAAAUACCGAGAACUCUCCAGGCCGAUUUGCUUGGGAUCCGCCGUGCGAGGAGGCGAACGGCUGGCCGCAGGCAGCUACGGGGGGGCGAGCGAUUUGGUCAAGGUGUCCCUUAGAUAUGGCAAUGGUAGUUGGUGCGUGGCGAGACCCGCAGGACGAUGUCGCCGGCCCGCAAGGGACGCAGCCUUCCCAAGCCCCCCCUGUGCCGGGACCCCCGGCGGGCGCCCCGCACACCCCGCAGACGCCGGGCAAGGGCCCCCCCCCCAGCACUCCGGUGCAGUCCAACCAGGGCAGCCAGCAGAGCCAGGGCGACAAGCAGCAGCAGCAGCAGCACAUUGAGUGCGUGGUCUGCGGGGACAAGUCCAGCGGCAAGCACUACGGGCAGUUCACGUGUGAAGGCUGCAAGAGUUUUUUCAAGCGCAGCGUCCGCAGGAACCUCAGCUACACGUGCCGCGCCAACCGGAACUGUCCCAUUGACCAGCACCACCGCAACCAGUGCCAAUAUUGUCGCCUCAAAAAAUGCCUGAAGGUUGGCAUGAGACGGGAAGCCGUCCAGAGGGGCAGAAUGCCACCCACACAGCCGACCCACGGCCAGUUCGCCUUAACCAACGGGGACCCCCUGAACUGCCACUCGUACCUCUCCGGAUAUAUCUCCCUGUUGCUGAGGGCAGAGCCUUACCCGACUUCCCGCUUCGGCAGCCAGUGCAUGCAACCCAACAACAUCAUGGGCAUUGAGAACAUUUGCGAGCUGGCAGCCCGGAUGCUUUUCAGCGCCGUCGAGUGGGCCCGGAAUAUCCCCUUUUUCCCCGACCUCCAGAUCACAGACCAGGUGGCCCUGCUGAGGUUAACCUGGAGCGAGUUGUUCGUCCUCAAUGCUGCCCAGUGCUCCAUGCCCCUCCACGUCGCCCCGCUCCUGGCAGCCGCCGGCCUGCACGCAUCGCCCAUGUCCGCUGACCGCGUUGUCGCCUUUAUGGACCACAUACGAAUCUUCCAGGAGCAGGUCGAGAAACUCAAGGCCUUGCACGUGGAUUCGGCGGAAUACAGCUGCCUGAAGGCCAUCGUCCUCUUCACCUCAGAUGCGUGUGGUCUUUCCGACGUAGCCCACGUUGAAAGUUUACAAGAGAAGUCCCAGUGCGCAUUGGAAGAGUACGUGAGAAGUCAGUAUCCAAACCAGCCCACUCGAUUUGGAAAACUAUUGCUUCGCCUGCCUUCUCUUCGCACCGUCUCUUCCUCAGUCAUAGAGCAAUUGUUUUUCGUCCGUUUGGUAGGUAAAACCCCCAUAGAAACCCUUAUCAGGGAUAUGUUACUGUCUGGAAGCAGUUUUAACUGGCCUUAUAUGGCCAUCCAAUAAGGAAAAAAAUGUUGGAGAGAGGAAAACAAAACAAGCCUCCACAAAUCAGAAUUUGGGGGAAAAUGGAAAUUUGGAAACAAGAUUUGCCAAUGACAUUGGGGUUUGGCAGUGGUUUAAACAUCCUUCAGCUGAGCAAUUAUCUUUACACCUUGGCUAAAAGAAGAGAGGAGAAUAAUUUGAAUGGACUAUGAAUUUUAAAAAACAGAGACUUGUUAAAUGAACUUUUUACAGGAUGCAUUAAGAACUCCCUUGUUGUUCAGAAGUUGCUACUUCUCUCUCUUUCUCCCUCUUUCUCUCCCUUUCUCUCUCUCCUCUCUGUUUAAACAAAGGGGGAAAAAGGAAAUUGUUUUUCUUUCUUUCUUUUUUGGGGGGGUGUCAAACUUUGAAACACAAUCUCUUGCUAAAAGUGCAUUUAAAGGAAAUCUGGAGAAAAUUAACAGAAUGGAAACAAGUUACUCUAUCUUUUCCAAAUUAUUAUUAUUUCUUAUGUUGUCUGUGUACCUAUAGGGUUUUGGUUGGGGUUAGGGUUUUUUUCCUGGUUCCAAACCAGUUUAUUCUGUGGUUCUAUAAUAAUUUUGAUAUAAUAUUGGCUUCAUUUUUAAAAAGACCCUGUGUAUUCUUUAAAGUAUAUGUUCUGAAAGAAUUAAAACUGUCUUGGAAAGGUUUAUCAGAAGAACAUAAAAAGAAGGAAUAUCCCCCACAAUACUAGGAAAGGCAGAAACGCACUUAAAACUGGUCAACCAAAAUUUCGCUCCAAGCGACUACAGUUUUAAUUAUAGAGACCCAAAAGAAAAGAACCACAAUGACCCCCCCUCACACAUACACACACACACAAAACCCACCCACCCUUGACUAGGUUUUUUUAUAUAUAUAUAUUUUAAAAGCAAAGUGUGGAUUUUGGAAGGGAAUGGGUAUUCUUGGAGGGAGAUGGAAUUGUGUCUAAGACACAACAAAGUUUUGAUGAAAACACACAUACACACAUGCACACAAAACCACACACAGAGAAUCAUCACAAAGUGAACUUUUUUGUAAUUUGAAUGAAAUUGGGUUCCGCCUACUUGUCCUGAAUUGUUACCGAGUUCCUCUAUCUGUUUGUAUAUUUGCAAGCUCUUUGUAUUAUAAUACUUGUUGAUAUUUCCCUUUUUUUAAAGAAAAAAAGAAAAAAACCAUUGAAUUCAGCAUGACAAAAAAAAAAUAACACUACUGUUGGCACUUAUAGAUAACGUGGUUGAUUCAGUAUCUUAGAGUUUACAGUUUUUGUGUUUUAAAGAAAAAAGCUGAAGGUUUUUUUUAAGUGCAACAUUUCUGUAUACUGUAAAAGUUAUAAUAACUGAAAACUGUUUGGUCCAGUCUUUGUGUGUUAUAUUCCAAGGAAAAAAUUGAAAGUAUUCAGAAAUUAAAAUAUUAUUUGAUAUCUGA